AUGGAAAUUGACACUGUCAUCGUCGGCAAUGGGCCGUCGGCCAUGAUCCUUUCAUACAUGCUCCAUGGACAUAUUCCUUUCUACUCGUCUGACCCUCCACAUCCCGAUCAUAUCUUAGACGCCAAGUUGAAAGCGGCGCCAGAGAUUUUGAAUGCCGAUGUGAAUGCUCUUACGGCGCAUUUUGACGCCUCGCGACUAUCAUACUCGACUCAGGCACUGCCCGUGAACGUAUUACUGGACACACUUAUACGGCCCAGCGUUGAUGUAGAUGAGCCCGGCUGCAUCUCAAAUAUUGAUUGGCGUUCACAGCCUGAGAAGGUUGUCUCACAUCUUGUUUUUGGGAAGUCCUUGAAGCCUGGAGGCCAAUGGACGGAAGAUCCGUUGGGUGCAAGUUGGGAUAUCCAGACAUUGAGCUAUGCGGCAAUGCUGUCCUUGCCCGGAUAUUCCUUUGCCGACCAUCACAAAAAGACCACGGGCAAGGAUUUACCAUCAUAUACAAGGCCCACGCGGCGCGAAAUCGCCGAUUAUUUUGCUGCUUAUCCGAAGGCUGCGUAUAUCUACGAUGCGUUUCGGUGUGGGGAAGUUUUGCAGGGUAUCUCCCGCACCGCCACCGGAUUUUACAUUCGUUCCCAUCACCUCCACUGCAAGCGCCUAGUCCUCGCAAGUGGAAUCUUUUCCGAAAUCCUCUCACCAGAACCGGUGUUACGUUCCUUAUUUGAGACCAAGUCCUCGACUGACGUCCCGCUACUCGUCGUUGGAUCUGGCUUCUCCGCUGCGGAUGCCAUCAUCUCCGCCUCCCCUAACCAAAAGAUUUUGCACAUUUACAAAUGGUCUCCGACUGACCGCCCAUCGCCUCUCCGGGCCUGCCAUCAGCAAGCAUAUCCAGAAUAUGCUGGCGUCUACCGUCUGAUGAAACGAGCUGCCCUCAUAGCCGAAGCUUCUGGUACAUACCAGCGGCCAAAGUACCGCCGCGCGGCUUCGACACCAUUCCUUGAAAGCCGGAAUUGGGAAAGCCUUUACGAGGGUCUUCCUAACGUUGAAGUGACAGCCGUGGGAGUCCACGGCACUUUAGCGACAGUCACAUUGAGCCGCAAAGAUGGAACCGUUUUCUCUCGAACCGUGGGCGGCCUCGUAUAUGCAGCCGGCCGGCGAGGCCAGCUAGAUUACCUUGAUCCCGAGCUCCACCGUGAAGUGUUGGGGCAGGGCAACCCAAAUGACUCAGCAGUCACCGGCCAGACCCUCCGUGCGAAAGCACUUGAGGACCUCGAGGUCGCACCGGGAGUUUACAUCAUCGGCAGCCUGACUGGAGAUUCUCUAGUCAGAUUCUCAUAUGGUGGGUGCGUCUAUACUGCUGGGCAUUUGAUCGAUGGCGAGCGGGACAGCCGCAGUGUCUGUAGUAGUUUCACGUCGUCUGCUAAACUACAUGGCUCUUCGCUUUCCGUAAUGAACGGCAUGGAUGGUCAUCUUGUCUACCCAGAUACCGACGGACUGAACCUAACUCGUGAAGACACCUUUAGCAAAAUUUCAACAGUCACAGACCAGUCUGUUGCACGUGGUUGGUGGGAAACAUUCUCCCGCUUGUGGAAAGGUCUUCCACGAUGA